UGCUACCGGGUAGCCAUUUGGCACAUAUGGACGAGAGAGAGUGGUGAAGUGUAGCGAGGCCCUGAGCAGUAUCCUCGGCUUCUUCGAGGUUCGUGCAAGUCUUCCCUGGCUGGCUUCGUUGACGUUUCUUCUGCUCACAUUUCUCCCAAAAGCAGUUCUCGUGUUCUAGCCGAAUCUAGCAGGGCAGCUAUGGUUUACCACUCAUCAUUCGCUGACGUGGCGAGCUAUGAGCAAGCUUGUGGUUGUCCUCUCCUUCCCAUCAAGAGCAUGACGAGAGGACCUGCUCCUCGCGCUGAUCCUGAUUCUACACAUCUGGGUGGAAAAGGGGUUCUUCUGGUGACAGUCUACGACAUACAUACAAACAGUUGGCAAGAAGAGAUGAAGAUGCGCCUUAAUGGUUUCAUUGCAGCCGGGCCGAGGUCCAACAUCUGCUCAGCCCGAUCGUGACGUUGUUGGGGAUGCUGUUACGUCCAAAGAACGCGGAUAUAUCUGCUUAGCCCGAAAGCCGUGGUGAAAGCAUACUUAUCGUGCCAAAUCUGUCCUUGCGCGAAAGACAAGGGUCGGCUCUGGUGUUUGUCGAGAGCAGGUUUAGGUUUGGCAAGCAAUCGACUACUGUCUUUUUUUUCCACACAGCUUGCCAAAGACGUCCGCAGCAGAACGCUGCACAUAACCAUUGUAAUCCUGAGUGUAUUUUGAGGUUACGCACGUCGGUGCGGGUGGUGGGGGCUCUGCUCUGGUGUACCCUUCUUCGUUGUCUGCGUGAGAUGCUGGGGGAAAUUAUUGUGUUUGGGGUGUUAGUUUACUGCUACAAACCUCUUUUCCGGACUCUGCAACUUUUUUUCAGCUUGAUGGGAGUCGGCCCAUCAGUUCAUGAGAGACUUCUGGAUGCCGUCGUCAAGCAAGACUGGCAGGCUAUUGAAAAAUGCCACCACGAUGGUGCCAACCUGGAGUUCACAGACAAAAAGGAGAGGACUGCCCUAAUGAUUGCUUGCUCCAUGGAGGAGAGCUACCAUGUGGUCGACACCCUCCUUCGACUUGGUGCGAGAGUAGAUGCGUUCAAGAGAGGCCCAUCGGGUGGUUUUCCAAUCCACUUCGCAGCAAGAAGGGGCCUGUACAGGGUUGUGGAGAGAUUACUAGAGGCCGGUGCCCCACCUAACGUCUUCAACGAUGAUGGGCAGACCCCUUUGUGGAUUGCAAGAGAGAAAGGGCACUGGAAGGUGGUUCGCGCUUUUGAGGGGCGCUUGGCUGUUUUCAAAGGUCAUGUAAAGGGACUCGCAGUGCCUCUUGGAAUCAUGGGCUUAUUCUCGAAUGUACUGCUCGCACGGAACUGGUACAUUGUCGUGGUCCCCAUUCAGAAAGACCCCCAUCUUCCACCGGAAUAUGAAUUCCUCAUGUACACCUCCGAGAAGCAAGCAGUCCCGAAAGUGGAGAUCCCAUUGUCGGGCGUCUCUCUCAAGAUAGAGAAGGAACAGACUUCCGACCCCAGCAUCAUCGUUUCUGACAGCUCAGGCGGUAAGAGAUUCAAGUUUUUCUCCAAGGAUAGCCAAGGUGGAGAUGCAGUAAUUAGACAGCUGUACGAUAGCUGCAAGGUUCUGUGCCCGACUGUUGAACCGAGUCCAAGUGCACCACGCAUUCAAGGCGCAAGUCGGGAACGUGCUCCGGCUCCUGCUAUGCAGCCCACCCCGCCACCCGCUCCUCGUACUCCUGACCAAAGGCCAUAUGCCAUGCCGGCCGAAUCUGUUUAUCCUCCUCUGGCAACUCCAGUUCCACCUUUUGGCUCCGCUGCUGUGGCUAAUGAGACAACGGGCUUUCCAGCGCAUCUUAACCCUCAGUUUCACAUGCCAGUCCUUUACCCACCCAUUUCUCAGCCCCCAUAUACGACCGAAGAGGGGGAGGCUCUGCCUGAAAGCCAGGAUUCUGGGUGGCAGCGCUCACGCCAAAGCAGAUUCCCGACGCCUUCGUUUAUGCCUCAUGGUAGCGAUGGUGGAUGGGCUCCAGAGCCGGUUGGAGACUACAAGGGGUGGGGUCCAGCGUGGAGCGGGCAGGAGCCCGCAACUUCUUCAGGGAUGGAACACAGGAUGCCUGAACAAUUCAACGGGUGGGAUGAACCAUCUGUUCUUGAGUCAGAUUGGAGUCAAGGCCAAGUAGCAUCGGGAGAUCUGGAAACCCAGGAACAGAGAGGGGAAGAGAGGGACUCUCAACUUCGUCGGGACUCCAUGCGAACGGUGAAUAAUGACGAUCUUUCCCCUCAUGGCAUACCGGAGGAGACAGCACCGUCAGCACCACCACUCCCACUCGAGCGCGAGAAUGAACGGCCGCAUGCAGGGUUGCACAGCAAGGAAAGAGGAGAACAAGCUUGUUGUGGCCCGCGAGAACCUCAGCGGUCAUGGAAGACGGAUGGUGGCUGCCCAAUCUGUAUGGACAAUCCUGCUGAUGCUGUGUGCGUUCCAUGUGGGCAUGUGGCAGGCUGUGUGUCCUGCCUGGGUGAUAUCCAUUCUCG